UCAAAACAAAACAAAACAGAUUCGUCUGUAAUUGAAACUUUUUUGUGUAAAACAGUAAAUUUACAGAAAUUUGUCGCUUGAAUUCGACAUAAAUAUAUACAUACAGGUGCAGUGAACGGAUCGAAAAUAUGUAUACAUUACUCAGUGGCUUCUACAAAUACCUUACACAGAAGGAUGAAUAUUGCAUACUAAUUUUAGGGUUGGACAACGCUGGUAAAACGACCUAUCUGGAGGCGGCAAAAACAAAAUUUACAAAAAACUAUCGGGGAAUGAAUCCGAGCAAAAUCACCACAACCGUAGGACUGAAUAUAGGACAGAUAGAUAUCAUGGGUAUCCGAAUGAGCUUUUGGGAUCUGGGCGGACAGCAAGAAUUACAGUCACUGUGGGAUAAAUACUACUCCGAGUCUCAUGCCGUAAUCUACGUGGUGGAUUCUAACGAUCGAGAACGGAUGCACGAGUCGAAGGAAGUUUUCGAUAGAAUGAUUGGGAAUGAAUACCUGUCCGGGGUACCGCUGCUGGUGCUGGCUAAUAAGCAAGAUUUACCCGAUUGCAUGGGGGUCAGAGAAAUUAAACCAGUAUUUCAAGAGUCCGGCCAUUUAAUCGGAAGGCGAGAUUGUCUAGUUAUGCCAGUAUCGGCACUGACUGGGGAAGGCGUAGACGAAGGCAUAAAAUGGCUAGUGGAAUCUAUCAAACGGAAUUCAUUCGCACGUCCUCCAAAAUCGGAAGACACGUGAUUGUCUAGGCCUACGCUCUUAUUGGAGUGCAAUAUUAUUCCAAUCGGCAAUAGUUGCCGUUUUAUUUAUAACAUAUUGUAAGAAAAAUGCAAUGAAAAAUCCAACGCAAAGCAAA